AUGGCGCGCGGGAACAGAGGCGGACGCGGCGAUAACCGCGGCAACGGCAACGGUCGAGGGCGGGGCGGCGGACGCGGCGGGAGGGGUAGAGGGCGAGGGAGGGGCGGCUUCGUAUACGGCCCGCGCGGGAGUGGGUUCGACGAUUUCGACGACGACUUUGUGAUCGCCAACGGCGAGGUCGUCCCGCAGAGUUUUAAUGCGCCGAGAGGAGGACGCGGGCGCGGUCGCGGUCCGCGCGGGGUCUACUCGCCCGCGCCCUCGCGCGGCACCUCCACACCCCGCGGCACCUCCUACGCCUCGCCUCUCCGCGGCACCGGCUCUAACAAACGCGGUGGCCGCGACGACCUAGGACCAAAAGACCGCCUGCGCCAGAAAAUGCUCGACAAGAAACUGAAGACCGGCACGGCGCCGCUGUCGCAGCUGCUGUUCGAGGACCGGCCGUUCCUGCGGCCGAUCGUGUUCGUGCGGUCGAGCAUCACGCCGAGCUUGUUUAUGGACGAGGAGGAGAUUUUUGAGCCGGGGGUUGAGGGUGCCGACGAGCAAGAGAAGAGCCACGUCCCGACCGCCGACGCAGUGUCGCGCGUGUUCCACAUCCCGCUCGAUAAUGCCAACGACGAUGACGAGGAAGAGCUACAAGAGAUCGACUUUGCCGAUCUGGGCGAGGCAGUGGCCGAGAUCGAGGUCCUCGCCGCAACACAACAAACCCAACGGACGACUGGGGCCCCGAGCACGGAGGAGACGUUUACGGGGUUCUACGUCGAUAGUGUUGGAUCGAGAAACAAGGAGAAGGAAGGGAGGAUCGAGGUCGAGAGGGCCGUCGGUGUCCCGCUUGGGAGGGAGGAGGAUGAGGAGGUUAUCGUUUAUGUCGCGCCCCAUCCUAGGGGAGGCGCGGGUGCGAGUGCUAGGGUCGAGGAGGUCGAGGAUGUUGCGAUGCGUGCUGCAUCGGCGCCCAGUCUGCCAUUCGACGAGGUCGUCGCGCCAGAGACGACGACCAAGUCGCCGACUCCUCCGCCUCCACCAUCGACCAUCGCCGUAUCGCUCAACUCUGAUGCGCAUACAGCUCAAGACGGAACGGUAUCUACAACUAUGCAGAACGAGGUCGAGGUCGAGAUGGCGGACGUCGCUUCGACGGCGCUCCCGUCACCUUCAGACGCGCAUCCGACGCCCGCGGACGAGGCCACCGCAACUGUUGAGGUCUACGUAGAAAUGGCGGACAUCGCAUCGCCUGCUGCACCUAUCGCACCGGAUACUGACGCGCUUCCGACGCCUACACAACCGACCGCGCUCUCGCCUCCAGACGUGCGCACCGAUCAAGACCAAGACGCGCCAACCCCCACACCUGCAAUCGAAGACGCAAUGGCGGUCGAAGAACCUUCACGGGCAGGCAUCGAGAGCGCAUCGGCGUCCGUCGCCGUCGAAGCUAGCACGUCGAGCGCGCCGGCGCCUACUGCGCCCACACCGCAGAUCGACAGUAUAUCCUUCUCGUUCGCUCAACCUACCACCGCCACCACCACCUCCACCAUCUCUUCCCCUCCAUAUCCCGCGCCUUCACCCGGCCCCAGCACAUCCCCAUCCGCCCUCACCCACACCCUCACACCCCGCCGCACCCCACACCGCCCGCGCUCGCUCCUCCACCAACGCCCCGUCGGCGGCUCGGCAAGGCGCAAACUGGCGAAGCACCCGCUGUUCGGCUCGUUCGGCACGAUGUUGAGCGAGCGGAGGGAGGGGGCGGAGAGGGUGGGGGAGAGGAGGAGGGGGGAGGAUAUUGAUUGGGGCGACGACGGAGGUGGGGAGGACGAAGAGGGAGAAGAGAAUGAUAUGGAGGUUGAUGGGGUUGUGGAUGUGAAGGGUAUGGAGAGAUUCGUGAGGAGCAUGGGCGUGGACGGGCAGCGAGAGAUGGGGAUGGGCGAUGUGGAGGACGAGGAGCGGAUGCGGGUCGAGGAUGAGGAGAGCGAGGGCGGGACGGAGGACUCGGGCUCUUCUUCUGACGAGGACGAUGAGGAGGAGGAGGAGGUUGAAGAGGUCGUUGGACGAGAAGAGACGCGUCUCGUAGCCGAAGCGGGUGACGCCGUACCAGCAUCCGACGAAGAGGACGAAUCAAGCGACGACUCCUCGUCAUUCGAGUCCCGCCUCCGCAAACUCCGCGAGCGCUCCCAACCCAAAUCCGCAUCAAAGUCCAAAUCCAAAGGAAAGCAGCGCCAGUUCGCGCUAGACUCAGACGACGACGAUUUCGACCCGGACUUCGAUAUCGGGUGGGACGGGAGCGAGGGGGAGGGGGAUAAGGAUAGGGAGAUCGCGCGGGUUAUCGAGGAGUAUCUGCUGGAGAACGCCGAGAUUCUGGGUGGGAGAGAUCGCAAAGCAAGGAACGCGAUGUUCAGGCAGGUGUAUAAGGGGGAGUUCGAGAUGCCCGAUGGGCCCGCGCCGCGCAAGAAGGACAAAGGCAAACACCUCCCGCCCGAUCUCGCCGCGCAGUGGCAGCGCGACCGCGAGAAAAAGGCCGAGCGCCGCCGCGCGCGCGAGCUCGAGCGGCUCAUCGCGGCUUCCGACCCGCUCGUGCGCAAGAAGGGCGGCAAGAAAGCCCGUAAAGCCCUGCGCGCCUCGAUCCAAGCCGACUCGCCCGCCUCCUCCGACCUGAUGCCGAAUCGGGUGUUCGACGUCAACUCCCUCGAAAUCCAAAUAAGGAGGUUUGUUGAUGAUCUAGGGAGCCAGGGGACAAUGGCGCUCCCGCCGAUGGAAAAACACGCGCGCAAGGUCGUACAUGAACUUGCGACCGCGUUCGGGCUGAAGAACGAGCCGGACGGGGGUGAGGGUUAA